UAAGUCAGCGACACACACUGAAGCUCCGGUCACAGGUGUGUGAAGACACACCCAUAGCGAACAGAGACAGGUUUAUACAGGCUUCACACACACUUCACAGGCCAGGAAACUACGAGAAGAUCCUUCAUCAUGCAGUGCCCUCAGUCUCCAGGGCGAAUCCUGUCGGAGGAGCAGUUCUCCUGCUCCAUCUGUCUGGAGGUCUUCAUCGAGCCCGUCUCCACUCCCUGCGGCCACACUUUCUGUAAGGCCUGUCUGCAGGGCUUCUGGAAUCACAGCAAGAAGUUCCUGUGUCCCAUGUGCAAGAAAACCUUCUCCAGAAAACCAGAGCUCAGCGUCAACUGCGUGCUGGCCGAGAUCGCAGAACAGUUCCAGGGUCUGUCCACGAUGUCCUCGCUCGACCGCGCCAGUGUCGAGUUUACCAAUUCCCCACAGAAAGAGGACGACUGGGGAGACUUCGCUAAAGCGGGAGAGGUGCCCUGCGAUGCCUGCAUCGGCCGGAAGAUGAAGGCCAUGAAGUCGUGUCUGAGCUGCCCGGGAUCGUUCUGCGAAGCUCACCUCCAGCAUCACAAGAAGGGGAAGGCGAUGAACUCGCACAAGCUGGUGGAGCCCAUACACAACCUGGAGGACAAGAUGUGCAAGACACACAAGCGCCUCCUGGACGCGUACUGCCGAAACGAACAUGUGUGCGUGUGUAAGGAGUGCGCAGGGUCCUCGCAUAAAGGCCACGAGCUUGUCUCCACUGAACGAGAGUGGAAGAAAAAAACGAGUCAGCUGGGAAAGAAAAGGUCAGAACUGAAACAUCUGAUCAAGGAGCGAGAAAAGAAACUGGAGGAGAUCAAGCAGUCCAUCAAAGUGCUCAAAGACAGCGGUCAGAGAGAGGUGGAGGACAGCUGGACGGUGUACGCGGAGCUGCAGCGGCUACUGGAACAGUCUCAGGCCGAGCUGCUGGAGCUCAUCACCACGCGGCAGAAACAAGCGGAGCAGCAGGCCAAAGACCUGGCCAGCGGCCUGGAGCACGAGCUCAACACCCUGAGGAAGAGGAGCAGCGAGCUGGACGCUCUCGCUCAAACACAGGACAGGGUGCUCUUUCUACAGUUCCUGCCAUCUCUUCCUCCUCCAGUGGAGCCGUCUGAUUGGUCAUCGGUGUAUGUGAACACGGAUCUGUAUCUCAGCACCAUCAGGAAGUCCGUCUGCUCUCUGGUGGACAAGUUCCAACACGAGGUCAAGCGGCUUUAUGGGAAAGAACUCAGGAAGCUGCAAAACUAUGCAAGUGAGGUGAUCUUGGAUCCUGCCACAGCUCAGCGUGAUCUCUGUCUGUCCGAGGACGGCCACCAGGUGCGCUAUGAUGAGCAGCGUAAGAGCUCCACACACUCAGACACGCCGCGCCGCUUCAGCCCAGCGCUGUUUGUCCUGGCGAGAGAGGGUCUUUCCUCCGGCAGACACUACUGGGAGGUGGACGUGGGACACAAGACCGCUUGGACAGUAGGAGUGGCCCGGGGGUCAGUGCGACGCAAAGGAGAGAUCCGCCUCAGUCCAGAAGGAGGCUUCUGGUGUUUAUGGCUGAAGAGUGGAGAAGUGAAAGCUCUCAGUGGUAACAGAGUUCCUCUGCAUCUCGCCACACUGCCUCAGAAGCUGGGCAUCUUCCUGGACUACGAAGCUGGACAGGUGUCCUUCUAUGACGUGAAGACACGCUCUCAUCUCUACACGUUCACAGAUGCCUUUACUGAGCGCGUCUUCCCCAUUUUCAGCCCUUGCAUCAAUCAGGACGGAAAGAACCCCGGAGCGCUGGUCAUCACCGCCGUUAAACACAGCUGAGACGGCAAACUCACUCCAGUGCUGAAAACUGAAGACUUUCCAAACGCAUCCUGGACAAAUAAAACACAUUUUCAUAAGAGUUCUCUCUGUAAAUCUUAUAAUGAGAUCAUGUGACACUGAAGACUGGAGUAAUGAUGCUGAAAAUACAGCUUUGAGCACAGGAAUAUAUGACAUUUUACAGUAUAUUAACACAGAAAACAGAUAUUUGAAAUUAAUUUCAUUAUAUAACUGUAUUAGCGUUUACUGUUUUUUGAUCAAAUAAAUGCAGCCUUGGUGAGCAUUUAAACGUAUUGACAACUACUUUUUGAUCUGAUUUGUCUGUUGAUGUCCUUUCCUCUUUUAUUUUUCCUUUUACAUUUGCAUUUUACAUUUUGUUAUUGUUUUGAAAUGCAAUGAAAAAGUCUUUGAAUUUAUUGGCACCAAACUUUUGAACAGAUGUGCACUUUGGUUCACUUUAACCUUCUUACUGUUAACAUGAUGCUAAAUGAAAGUUCCACAAUUGUUUAACUUGUGAAUCAAAGUAUAGAAUUGUAACAUUUGCUAAAAGCCACACUGUAACUCAAUCAGUCAUACAUUUAAAUGUGUUUUACCCAUUGAAGAAAAUUAUGAUGUGAGCUGAAUAUUUAUGUCUGAUAUGGAAAUAUGUAUAAACUAAAUGGAUAAUU